CCCUCCUCCGCCGCUUUGCUCCUGAACUCCAGCCCCCUCUCUAUCAGCCUCUCACUCCGUCUCAAUAUGUCUCAAGAUGGCGGCCAAUGCGGGAUCGAUGUUUCAAUAUUGGAAGCGCUUUGAUUUACAGCAGCUGCAGAGAGAACUCGAUACCACAGCAACAGUAUUGGCAAACAGACAAGAUGAAAGUGAACAGUCUAGAAAGAAACUUAUUGAUCAAAGUCGAGAAUUUAAGAAAAACACUCCAGAGGACUUGCGCAAACAGGUAGCUCCGUUAUUAAAGAGUUUCCAAGCAGAGAUUGAUGCAUUGAGUAAACGAAGCAAAGAAUCUGAAGCUGCCUUCUUGAAUGUUUAUAAGAGAUUAAUUGAUGUUCCAGAUCCAGUCCCUGCCUUGGACCUGGGGCAGCAACUUCAGCUAAAAGUACAACGUAUGCAUGACAUCGAAACUGAGAACCAGAAGCUCAGAGAAACAUUAGAUGAAUACAACAAAGAGUUUGCUGAUGUCAAAAAUCAAGAGGUUACAAUAAAAGCACUUAAAGAGAAAAUCCGGGAAUAUGAACAGACCCUGAAGAGCCAAGCGGAAAAUCUUGCUCUUGAGAGAGAACAAAAGUUACAAAAUGACUUUGCUGAGAAAGAGAGAAAGUUGCAAGAGACACACAUGUCUACGUCUUCCAAACUUGAGGAGACUGAACACAAAGUUCAAGUUCUGCAAACAGCCUUGGACAAAUCUCAGGCAGCAUUGUUUGACCUGAAAACAAAGUAUGAUGAAGAAACAUCAGCAAAGGCAGAUGAGAUUGAGAUGAUCAUGACUGACCUUGAAAGAGCCAAUCAGAGAGCAGAGGUGGCUCAGAGAGAGGCAGAGACUUUAAAAGAACAACUCUCAUCGCUUAACAAAUCUCUCCAGCAUGAUUCACAGACUCAAAAGGCACCUGAUGCGGAACAAGCCACAGAGGCAAUCACACACUCUAGCUUGGAAGUAGAACUGACAGCAAAGGAACGAGAAAUUGCCCAGCUUGUGGAGGAUGUACAGAGGUUACAGGCCAGUCUUACCAAACUUCGUGAGAACUCAUCCAGUCAGAUAUCUCAGCUUGAACAGCAGCUAAACACAAAGAACAGCACUCUUAAACAACUUGAAGACAAGCUGAAAGUACAAGCUGAUUAUGAAGAAAUUAAAAAAGAGCUUAACAUCCUGAAAUCCAUGGAGUUUGCUCAGUCUGAAGGACACGGUGCGCAGGAUGCAUCGAAACCACUGGAGGUGUUGUUACUGGAGAAGAACCGGGCAAUGCAGUCAGAAAAUGCCACGUUACGUAUUUCCAACAGUGACCUAAGCGGGUCAGCCAGGAGAAAAGGGAAAGACCAGCAUGAGAUUCAGCGUCCUGCAACUUUGCCGGCCUCUCCUCCCUCACAGUUGCUCCGCAAUACUGGGGAGCAGGUUUCCAAUACUAAUGGUACACACCAGUUUUCACCAACGGGUUUAAACCAAGACUUUUUCAGCUCAUCUGUUGCAAGCCCUACUUUGCCCUUGGCCUCAACAGGAAAAUUUGCACUAAAUUCACUUCUCCAGCGACAGCUAAUGCAGUCCUUCUACUCCAAGGCAAUGCAGGAAGCAGGAAGCACAAGUAUGAUUUUUUCAACAGGUCCCUUCAGCACAAACUCCAUAUCUUCCCAAAGUCCAUUACAACAGCCUAGCCCGGAUGUUAAUGGCAUGGCCUCUUCUCCCAGCCAAUCAGAAAGUGCUGGGAGUGUCUCAGAAGGAGAGGAAAUAGACACUGCAGAAAUUGCACGUCAAGUGAAAGAGCAGUUGAUCAAGCACAAUAUUGGGCAGCGGAUUUUUGGACACUAUGUGUUGGGACUGUCACAGGGUUCUGUAAGUGAGAUACUUGCCAGGCCCAAGCCAUGGAAUAAAUUAACUGUUCGAGGGAAGGAGCCAUUCCACAAGAUGAAGCAGUUUCUUUCAGACGAACAGAACAUCCUUGCACUUCGCAGCAUACAAGGCAGGCAAAGAGAGAAUCCAGGCCAGAACCUGAACAGACUAUUUCAGGAAGUUCCGAAAAGAAGAAAUGGGUCUGAAGGAAAUAUCACUACAAGAAUCCGAACGCCAGAGACUGGCUCAGAUGAUGCCAUUAAGUCUAUUUUAGAGCAAGCCAAACGAGAGCUGCAGGUGCAGAAAACUGCUGAGCCGGCUCAGCUUCCUUCAGCAUCCAACAGUGGUAAUUCGGAUGAUGCUAUUCGGUCCAUUCUGCAACAAGCAAGGCGUGAAAUGGAAGCCCAGCAGGCUGCCUUUGAACCUACCUUAAAAACGGCAUCUUUAACCCAACCUGAACUUUCCAUCAUUUCUCCCAAGCUUAUCUCUACAUCAUCAGUUUCUUCAAUUUCUAGUUACUCUCCAUUAACUAUUACACUGAAGAAGCAUACAUCAGUUUUAGACUCUGGUAUUUCUACUUUGCAGAAUCUAACGGGUGUAAAAAAAGAGUUACAGGAAUCGCCAAUACUAGAUCUCCAUAACAUAGAUUCAACGCAAGGUAUGCUUAGGCAUGUAAAAAAUGAACUUGGACGUGGUAGCAUGUGGAAGGAUCAUUGGUGGAACACUGUUCAUGACAGAAGAAAUACAGCUUCUUCUGAGGACACAAAGGUAGAGGAAACCAACUGUGCGAAAGAGAAACUAAUGACCCAGAACAGGGCAGAGCGAAAUCAACUUCAGGGUCCUUCAUCAUCUUCAGAAUAUUGGAAAGAGUGGCCGAAUGCUGAAUCUCCUUACUCGCAGAGCUCGGAAAUCAGUAUGACUGGAGCCAGUAGAAGCGAGACACCGCAAAACAGUCCUCUGCCUUCAUCACCAGUUGUAUCUCUGUCCAAACCAACUAAACCAACUGUCCCUCCCUUAACUCCUGAGCAGUAUGAGAUUUACAUGUACCAGGAGGUUGAUACUAUAGAAUUAACGCGGCAAGUGAAAGAGAAGCUUGCAAAAAAUGGGAUCUGCCAAAGGAUAUUUGGAGAAAAGGUGUUGGGACUGUCACAAGGCAGUGUCAGUGAUAUGCUGUCAAGGCCAAAACCUUGGAGCAAAUUGACUCAGAAGGGCCGAGAACCAUUUAUAAGAAUGCAGUUGUGGUUGAAUGGUGAACUCGGUCAAAGUGUCUUGAAUUCACAAGGACAACAACAAGGUCAAGCUCUGCAAUCCAAUACAGCUCAGCAGGAUCCUUUGCAAGAGGGAUGUCAAAGUUCAGAAAGCACUCCAAAGACCUCGACUAGCUGCAGUCCUGCUCCAGAAUCUCCAAUGAGUUCCAGCGAAUCUGUCAAGAGUCUGACAGAAUUAGUUCAGCAGCCUUGUCCUACUAUUGAGACUAACAAGGAAGCCGAAGGUCAAGAGUCAAGUGAUGCAACUGCUUGCGACUCCCAACCUGCAACGCCGCUUCCAUUUCCCGGCCAUUCAGCACUUAGCAUUCAAGAGUUGGUGGCUAUGUCGCCUGAACUCGAUACUUACGGUAUCACCAAAAGAGUCAAAGAAGUUUUGACUGACAAUAAUUUAGGUCAGCGUCUCUUUGGUGAAACUAUCUUGGGACUAACUCAAGGCUCAGUGUCAGACUUACUGGCUCGACCAAAGCCCUGGCACAAACUGAGUUUAAAAGGAAGAGAGCCAUUUGUGCGCAUGCAGCUCUGGCUAAAUGAUCCAAAUAACGUAGAUAAGCUUAUGGAUAUGAAACGAAUGGAAAAGAAAGCUUACAUGAAACGACGACACAGCUCAGUAAGUGACAGCCAACCUUGUGAGCCCCCAUCCAUAGGGAUAGACUACAGCCAAGGAGCAAGUCCACAGCCCCAACAUCACUUAAAGAAACCAAGAGUGGUGCUGGCACCUGAGGAGAAAGAAGCUCUUAAACGGGCCUAUCAGCAAAAGCCAUAUCCUUCCCCUAAAACCAUUGAAGAACUUGCUACGCAGCUCAACCUUAAAACCAGCACGGUUAUUAACUGGUUUCAUAAUUACAGGUCACGCAUUCGAAGAGAACUCUUCAUUGAAGAAAUUCAAGCUGGUAGCCAUGGGCAGAUUGGUUCCAGUGACUCCCCAUCAGGCACAAGUAGCAGGGCAGCUCACAGCUCUGAGGGAGAUAGCUGUGAUGGUGUAGAUAUGGAAAGCACAACUGAAGGAAAACACAGUGUCCUUGAAGCAGAAGAAUUCAGCAGUGCAAAUAUAAAGUCUCAGGGAGGGCACAGUGAUUCAGCAUUUGAAGAGUGUGAAGAUGUUCGACCUACUGAAAAAGCAGAUUCAAUCUGUACAAGAUCAGAGAGCCCAGAUCUUACUGAUGAAGAAGGCCGGAGAAAGCUGAAGGGUCGGAGUCCCCUUCCUGGAUCUCAGUGUUCUAGGGAAGGUUCAGAGACAACACCAAAAUCUGCUACUGAAAAGAAUGCCUCUACCUCAGCUGCCUCAAACUUGGUUCCUGUAAUAGAGGGAUCUCAUAAGUCUAAAGAAGAUUCAGAGAAACUGUCCAGUAUGCCAAGUACAAGCUCACAAAAAGGCAAUUCUAUUCAGAGCUUAUUCAGUUUUUCUGAAAUAGCAAGUUCCAAAAACACAAGGGACAACACCUUGCGGAAAAAGAAAGCAGCAAACUUGAACAGCAUAAUUCACCGUUUAGAGAAGGCUGCUAGCCGAGAAGAACCCAUCGAAUGGGAAUUUUGAGAUUAAAUAAACCCUAACUUCACAAAGUUAGGGAAAUUAAACUGGACCUUUCACUGGUUAUAUCAUAUUGCGCACUUAUCGCCCUGCAGGCCACAGGGCAAAAACGCCAUAGGCCAAGGUGCAUAUAGAAGACAAAAGGAGCAUUAAGCCCAAUUUUAUGUUGUGUUUUCGAGGACGAAAACUGAAAUAUGUAGUCAAGCUUUUUUUGUACCCCGAAGUGUUUUUACUAUUGCCCUAAGUGAUUUUCACACUUUCUGGAAAAAUUCUUACAGCUUUGCCUUGUGCCCUCCUUUUCAGCGUGGGCUUUAAAAAUGUAAAACAAAAAAUAGAAAAACAGAAAAAAAAAUUGAACCCACGAAAUGAAUGGGGCUUUUUAUCUGCCAUGUAAUGGCCACAGAGCGAUAAUACACUAUGAUCUUCUUAUACCAGGAAAAGGAGGAGAUUUUUCAGGAAAUAUGGUUGUUGUUUUUUCUUUUUUUGUAGCAGUUUCAGUUGCCACUAAGAGAUUGCACAGUCAUCUGACUCUAAACACACUAGUUUGGAUUCCUUUUCGUUUUCAAGAAGAAAAAACUUCAACUUGGAACUUUGAAAUGAAACAAACACAUCUACUCCACUUAUUUUCUAACAAAGUCACAUCAGGAAAAUAUCUUAAUUUGUAGUAGCUGGCGUAGUGUUUUCUUGUUAGUGGAAUAGAAUCUAGUGCACAUUGUUUCAUAGCUUUAACUAAUUCUGGUCUUUUCCAGACAAGAAUUUGUUUAUUACACUCCAUUUUAGGCCAAAUCAGGACAAAAGAUCUGAAGUUAGAUAUUUUAUAAUCUGCUUUUUAACCUCUAACCACAGAGCACGCUGAUCAGACCUCAUAUUUUGGAGGGCAAGGGGUACAAGUUGGAAUGAUAAGAUGUACUGGUUCAGUUGAUCUCUUAUUCAUAGAUACAUUGUUACAGUAUUCCCUUGUUAUAAAUAUGUAUUUGUUUUACAUAGACAGAAAGCCAAUGGGACAUUGUCUAACAUAUGUAAUUACCAAUAUAUGCUGCCAUUGGGAUGCGUAUAUAGAUGACAUUUUUUGAAAUGCUAAUCCGUCAAAUUUUUAAAGUUUAAGAUUUUACUUUUCUUGACUAUAGUACAGUGUAAAUAGUUAAAAAAUACAAAACCAAAAUAACCAUUUAGAGAAACUUCAUUUGUAGCUCUAAGCGAUAUUUUAUAUAGAGGUUGAUUCUCGUUGAAGUACAGUUCGCAUUCCAAUUUGUAUCCUAUUCCUCCUUGCUGUCAAUAUGUGUGUGUGAGAGUAAGAGACGUGUGAGAAUAAUCGUGUAUGCAAUUUUAUACGUCUGUGUAUUUUCUUAUGUACUUGUGCACAUAUUGAGUGCAUUACUGCCACCUUUUUUCAAUAAGCUGGUUUAUCUGUUAUGGCUUCUACAGGUUUUGCUGAACUAGACUCCUUUAUUGCCAUAUCUUAAAAACUAACAAUAGAUGAUUUCAGUAUAUAUAUAUUUUUUGCUUAUUUAUAGGUGCUGUAUUUUAUUAUCUGAUUGUUAGGAAGGGAUGAAACGGGGGCAAAUAUUCUUUAGAGGGAUAGACUGCCGGCAGUAUUGGGUAUAAUUUACAAGAUGUAGUUGUCAUACUGUAUAUUAUUGAUUUGAAGAUUUUUUUUUUUUAACCUUUAUUAUUGUGUAUCAUUGAAACAUUUUGUCUUAGGUCAGCAUCUGUCGAUGACGUUAUUUGGUGCAUUCGUUACUUAAGUUUAUUAAUAUUAUGUUGAUUUUAUUUUCCCUUUCUCUUAUGGGAAAUUGGGGUGUUUUUUGUAUUGUGUUUUUUUUUUUUCUUUCAAGUAUGCCCCUUUAUGCUAAACCUUUAUGACUUUGUAUUCUUUUGUAAAACUGUUUUAUGUGUGGAGCCACAUUUCUUGUAUAAGCUUGCAGAAGUAAUGGUAUUGGUUUGCAUUAUUCAAAUGCAAUGCAGUAGCACUUCAGGUUUCAAAUGAAGUUAUGUUCUUAAAGAACAAGAUCAAAGAUGAAAACAAAUAGGCUCUAGGAGGCAAAAAGGCAAGUUUUACAUCAUCUCUGUUUUAUUUGAUCCACAGUAUUUAUGUGGUUAUUAAUUAAGUGAAUUAAGGUUUUUAGUUUUUUAAUUCAUUCCAUUUGAUUAUUUUUUUUAAUAACGAGUAAGCAAACUGCCAUCUGUUUUAGCCAAACAUUUUCUCUUUUUUUUUUGUCUGCUAUCAAAAUAUCACUGUUAAAGCACUAGCUCUUCCUCCGUGUUGUAUAGGACUCAAGCACUUAAAUAUUCAGUGUAGUAUCGCAAUUUGCUAUUCAUUGAAAUAAAGCCCUAUUUUUAAUACAUUUCAAAUAUAUUGAUACACAUGAGUUGAAUUUAUUUGAUAUCAGGAUUUUAUAUUUUUCAUAAUGCAGUUUAGGAAGAGCACCAUUAUGUUAAUAACCAUUAUUUUUUUCUAUAUUUCAUAUUGCCUUUUUAGGAACAUAUGCAUUAAAGGGACAUAAUACCUGUAUACUAAAUCACUUAAAGGGACAUAAAACAAAAGAAUUCUUUCAUGAUUCUGCAUGCAAUUUUAAACAACUUUGCAAUUUACUUCUAUUAUCUAAUUUGCUUAAUUCUCUUGGUAUUCUUUGUUGAAAAAGCAGCAAUGCACUGCUAGGAGCUAGUUAACACAUUGGGUGAGCCAAUGACAUGAGGCAUUUAUGUGCAGCCACCAAUCAGUAGCUCCUGAGCCUACCUAGGUAUCCUUAUAAACAAGCGAUACCAAGAUAACUAAAAAAAAUUAGAUAAUAGAAGUAAAUUGGAAAGCUGUUUAAAAUUGCAUACUCUAUCUGAAUCAUGAAAGAAAAAAUCUGGGUUUCAUGUCCCUUUAAAAUUGAUGCAAUAUAACUGUAAAAAGCUGACAAUAAAAUAUCACCUGAGCAUCUCUAUGUAAAUAGGUAGAUAAUAUACCUCAACAAUUCUCUGCACUUUAAACAGUGUUCCUUUAUCUACUGUCAGCCAUAUGUUAGGGGGUAAAAAAGGAAAACAACCGAUCAGCUUCAUAACUACUGAUGUCACACUUUGCUUUACUGUGAUCUCAUUAGAUUUCACUGAAAUAUCAUGAGAUUUCAUAGUAAACUUCCUUAAACUGAGGAGGGAAUAACAUGACUCUGCCUGACAAUGCCAGAUGCACACUGCCUUGCAAGUCCCAGGACUAGCAUUAUGAUUGGCUGCUUAAAUACCCUUUACAAUGGGAUGUGGCUAUUGAGUUAAUUAUGUGGUAACAUAUCUUCCUUUUUUACAGGGAUGUUUGGGUGAUAUUUUCUAUUCAGCUUUUUACAGCUAUGCUGCUGCUCUUUCAAGUGCUUUAACAAUGGGUAUCAUGUUUUUUGUUUUGUUUAGUUUUUUAAGUCCAAUACCGUGAUAUCUUUAAAAGGGAGACAGGUUGAAAAUAUUAAGCACAUUAUGAAAGUUAAAUGAACUCAGUAAAUCAUUUCAAAGUGAUUCAUGUUUGUCAUCGUUUCUACUGCACUUGGUGUUUUAUAAAAAAAUAAUAAUUUAAAAAUACAUACUACUUUUAUUUAUUGAUUUCUUAAUGUUCAAAACAUACUGUACAAUAUGUAUAUGUUUUUAAAAAGGACCAUUUAAAAGGUAAAAAUAAUUGUUAAUAAAUAAUAAAUCAAAA